AUGAUGUCGAUGUCACGGUUACUCUUGACGGUGCACGUUUUGGCGAUUUCGGCGACGGCGGUGGUGUCGUACUACCCGUCGGAUCUCGCGCUCCAGGACAGCAAUCUGAAGGACCAGUUGAAGGCGCAGCAGGACGGCGGAAAAGCUGACGACGGCCUCGCCGUGGCGUACUUACCAGCCUACGCGAUACCCGACGGGUCACCGGUGGACCCUUGUGUGACGUGCAGGCCUCGUCGGACCACGCACAAUUGCCGGCGAAUCACCGGGGACAGGUGUCCGGGUCGAUCUAGCCCGACCUGCACCACGAAACGCUGCAGUUCACCUCAAUCCUCAACCGGACCUAAGAAACGCUGCAGUUCACCUCAAUCCCCAACCGGAUCCAAGAAACUCUUCAGCAACUCUAAGUUGUACCCUCGUUCUGCUGCCGCUGAAACGAAACGCAGCCCCCCUUCAUCCAUCACCCCCGUCAAACCAAACCGGAAUGAUGGACCGUAA